GGGGAGGGGAUAAACUGGCAGCGGAGGAGAGCUCGACGACGGCACUGUGGAGGUCAUUGACCCCAGCGACUCGUUGCCGGCUGUUAGAACGCUAAGGUUUUACCGUGGUGCUGCUGCUGCUGCUGUGCUGUUGCCGUUGCUGUUCGUUGUUCCGCGUUGUUCAUUCGCGUGCAACCUCGUGUGCGCGCAACGGCUUCUUUUUCCUUCCUCUCUCCUUCGUGCAAGGACGAAGGCCCAUGGGCCUGUUCGUUUACACACUGCAAUUGUAGUCUGUCAACUUUGAACAACGUGCUUUUUUUUUUCUUUGUAAAACUUUGCCUUUAAUUUUACAAAAAAAAAUUUUUUUUUUAUCCAUCUUUGUAAUUUUUUUUUUUACUCACUCUCUCUAUCUCUUUUCUUUCCUCUUCAAUAUUUAUGUACGAACACGCAUGUUCCGGCCGGUGUGACAAUUUUUGUCAAUAGUGGAACUGAAUUUAAAUUUUUGAAAAAAAAUUAUUAUCGUAGAUGAUUUUUAUGAUGUAGAUUUGAGAUUUUGUGAUAUAAAGGUGAUUGAUAGUUACGCAAAAAUUAAAGUGCAACUGGAGAAUGAGGAAGAGAGGAAAAAUGGAGUUUAAUGGGAUGAAGGAAGGAGUACAGUGUUUUUUUGUUUAAUAACACUUGUGCAUCAGUGCUGUGAACAAAAAAAAAAAAAAAAAGUGAACCUGGAUUAUUUGAGUUGAUAUCAAGAAUAAUAUUGUCUUCGAGGCUGAGUAAAUGUUUAAAAUAUAUAUUAAUUUAAAAAAAAUCGAAAAAACACAUCGUUUUGAGGAAUAGUAUAUGAAAAACAGUUUUUUCUUUUAUUUUCAACAGUAUAUAUUUAUAAUAUAUAUAUAUAUACAUAAAAAUUAUUGGUGAAAACUUGAAAAUAUAGUGACAAAGUUUAAAUAUUAAAAAAAAGUGCGCGAUUAUGUGCACAUGAGGAUUAUGAUGAUAAUAAGUGUUGUUUAAUUAUGUACAAUGAAAAUGCGUUGAACGAGGAAACAAGCAGGUGAACAGAUUUCUUCAAUUCUUGUUUCUGUGGAAGAACUUCUUCGUCAUCAUUGGCGUUACAUUGAUGGCAGAUCAUCGACGCAAUAAAAAUGUAAGCAGUCACAAGGAACUAGAUGAGAAUAGUAUGUACUUGGAUUUAACAAAUCGAUCUCGUCAUUAUCUGAAUUAUGACCCUUACGAGCAGCCCGUGUGAGCUAGACAACAUGAGCUUGUUUCAAGACCUCAAGUUGAAAAGGAGAAAGGUCGACUCCCGAUGUAGUAGCGACGACUCCCCAGUAUCCCUCGGAUCAGCAGGCUCACCGCUAGGGAUCCAGCCAGCGGACGCACCUUCACCCAUAAACUUUCCUGCUCCAGGAGAAAGUGUGGCGGAUACCUCGACAUCAUCACCAGACGCCAAUAUGCCAGGCUCGCCGGGCUGCCCGGUGGUCAAAGUAAAAUCCGAAUACCUGCGCAGCAGUCCAAGUCCCGGGACACCGGCUCGCGACACAAUCAGAAGUUCCGUAAUAAGUCAGGAUCCAAUACGUGACCAUGGCUCGGAUCGUGCCUCGCCCGAUUCCGUUUUUCCCGACGUCAUCAGUUCACGUGUCGCCGACGAUCAUCAACGUUCAUGUACACCAGCACCAACGAGAUCAUCACCCCAAUCGCCAAUUCAGGCCGUCUCCACAACACCAAUGUCCCAGGAGUCGAGUAGCAGGAGCGAGAGUCCCGAUCGAGGGAAUCACCUCACCUCAGUACAAUCGAAAGAGGAAUCGGAUAAUUCUGUAUUUGAUGGCGGUGGUCCCGGUGGCGGUCCAGGUGGUGGCGGUGGGAAUAAUCGUAAUGACACCAACAUCAACACAAAUCAACAGCAGCAACAACAACAACAACAACAAUCAUCACAAAGGAGCAGUCCCUCGUCACAGUUCAAUCCAAAUAUGAGUCCCAGAACCAAUUCUUCCCAUGGGAAUCACAUGCAAACACCGCCAACACCACAGAGGCAUCGCACGCCAACGGUGCCGUCGCAUAUUCUAGGCCAUCAUCAAUUCUGGCCACCGGGCGCCGUCGGACAGAAUUUCGCCACCCAACGAUUACUCAAUGGCGUCAUCAGCAGUGCCGUUAAUUAUGCGCAAAAUCUUGCCGGAUCCUCGAGCAGCAAUGGCUCUGGGGUCAAUGUCACCACUGGAAAUGGCUCCGGAUCCAGUGGCAAUGCCAGUGGAAAUGGCACCGGUUCCGCGGGAUCAAAUACUGGAGGUGCAUGCGAGAGUAUGAAGCCACCGGCCCAAAGGUCGGCGCCAACAACUCCACGACCACCACCAAGUGUAAUAAUGGGCGAAGUUGGUGGCGUGAGGACAAUGAUUUGGUCAGCGCCAGCACUUGAUCCUGUACCACCGCCUGCAGCCUCGUGGACGACGACAGCGUCAUCGGCUUCCUGUUCGUCCACUGAGGAAUCGGCGGCACAAUUGCUAUUGAAUCUCGGACAGGAGUCACGAGGGAAACCGCCUGGCAUAUCGUACUCAUCGGGUCCGCCAUUAAAUAUGGAAAGGCUGUGGGCCGGUGAUCUAACGCAAUUGCCGGCUGCUCAACAAAUUCAGGCAUUAAAUCUAACGGCUUCCGGUUCGAAUCAACCGUGGGUGAGAAAUGGCGGGGUUGUUAAAUCAGAGGUGGCGUCACAGUCGUUAUCUGUUGCACCACCUGCACCGCCAUUACCACCACAGGAACACGAGGAGGAUGAAACGCCUAUGAUUUGCAUGAUUUGCGAGGACAAGGCCACUGGACUUCAUUACGGUAUCAUCACCUGCGAAGGUUGCAAGGGCUUUUUCAAGAGGACAGUGCAGAACAGGCGGGUCUACACUUGUGUGGCUGAAGGAGGCUGUGAGAUUACAAAAGCCCAGAGGAAUCGGUGUCAAUAUUGUCGUUUCAAAAAGUGCAUCGAACAGGGUAUGGUCCUGCAAGCGGUCCGCGAAGAUCGCAUGCCCGGUGGCAGGAAUUCUGGCGCCGUCUAUAAUCUUUAUAAGGUAAAGUACAAGAAACAUAAGAAAACGACAAAAUCGUCGGGAGUUGGGGGUGGAAUGGGAGGAGGUGGUAAUGUUAGUGGUGUAAAUGGCUCGGGGACGUUGACUGGCAGCAAAGGAACCAUGGGAACAACAAUGUUGGAAAAACACAUGGCUGCUGCAGCGGCGGCUCAUCACAGUCAACAACAGCAACAUACCCAGCUGGCAGGAAGUUUUCUCCAUCAUCACAGAAUUUCAUCCGGUGAUUCACACAACUCUCAACCUACCUCCAGCCAUCCGAGCCACAAUGUGCACUCGGGCCAUCUUGUUAAUGGAACCAUUCUCAAAACGGCUCUCACCAAUCCCUCCGAAGUUGUGCAUUUACGGCAGAGGCUGGAUAACGCAGUUAGUAGUUCGAGGGAUCGGGCAUUUCCUUUGGAUGCCACUCUCGCUAUGAUACAAACCCUAAUAGACUGCGACGAGUUCCAAGAUAUCGCUACGAUAAGGAACUUGGACGAGCUGCUGGACCAUAAAUCAGACUUAAGUAAGAAGCUGUGUCAGAUAGGAGACAGCAUAGUGUACAAGUUGGUGCAAUGGACCAAAAGGUUACCCUUCUACCUUGAGCUACCGGUAGAUGUCCACACGUGGCUACUCACUCACAAGUGGCAUGAACUUCUGGUGCUCACCACGUCGGCUUAUCAGGCCAUGCACGGUCAGCAUCGAGUUUCCAACGCUGGUAACGAUGGAACCGGAACUGAUUUUAUGCAAGAGGUUUCGAACAAUAUGUACACGUUACAAACGUGUCUCUCGACCAUGAUGGGCCGAGAAAUAACCAUGGAACAAUUGAGGCAAGAUGUGGGACUCAUGGUGGAAAAAAUCACAUACGUCACGCACAUGUUUAGGAGGGUGAAGCUGCGAAUGGAGGAAUAUGUUUGUUUAAAAGUCAUCGCGAUGCUCUCGCAAGCACAAGGUGCUACGGUGGAAUUGGAGCAAAUUCAAGAGCGGUACGUCAAUUGUUUGAAAAGUUUCCUCGAACACAGCGCACCGAAUCAACCUGGCCGCUUCCAGGACCUUAUUAUCAGAUUGCCAGAGGUUCAAUCGGCCGCAACACUGCUGCUCGAAAGCAAAAUGUUCUACGUUCCUUUUCUACUCAAUUCAGCAACUCAAAGAUAGUAAAUAAAAAAAUUGAAAAACGAAGCUGACUACCAACACCUGUAUACAUAUAUAAAUAGACGAGACGAAAGAAAAAAAUUGGUAGUUAAACAAACAAACCUUCUACUCACGUGCAUGAAACGGAGGAAAGAAUUUGUUUGUGUAUGUAUAAUAACUAUAAUAUAUAUAAAUAUAUAAAUAAUAUAAAUGUGUGUGUUCGUUGCGUUGUACAAAAAAAAAAAGAAACAAGUUUUUUGAAAGAAGAGAGAAGACUUACAAUUAGAGUUGAAGUUAUUCGGUCAAAAGAAUUUUACCGAAAGCAGAAUAUGAUAAUAAAAAAAAAACCGAGACGGCGAGAGUGAAAGAGAAGCCAGAGAGAAAGAAUAAAUAAAUGAGAAAAAAAAGAGAGAAAGCGUUAUAUUAAAAUAAAUAAGAAAAAAAAAAAAAAAAAAAAAAUGAAAUCAAUUGAGGACUGAACUUUUUUAUCGAAACUAAAAGACUAUAUUAAUAAUAUAUAUUUCUGUACGCAGUCGCGCAACUACGUCAUUGUGUGUUCACAUUGCAUAAUCUGAUCGACGAUAAGACUCUUGUACGCACGCUCAUCAUAAAUCACACACCAAUCCACCAUUAAUUACCGCUGCGAGAAAUCAACAGCUAUUUAGAAGAAAACAAAGAAACAAAAAAAAAAAUCUAUCACGAUUUUAGCAUUAAAAGUCUAUCAGCUCUUCAAUGUCAACGUCCGACGCGCAAUUAUUGCAAAAAAAACGACAGCUUACCAUUGUGCAUUUCUACGAUUUUGCCCUGACGUUUUUCGAAUCCUUCUCGACGCUCAUCGACGUCUCAACGUGAUUCUCAUUAUAAAACUGUUACUACUACUACACUUUUACCACUACUAUUAAACUAGUACGAUUACUAAAUAUCCACCAGUUACCACUACUGCAAUUGUCACAACGACAGUCGUUAAAACUCGUUACCGUAAAACAAAAAAAAAAUAAAGAAAAAUAAUGCAAAAAAAAAAAUGAUAAAAAAAUAAAUAGAAAAAACUUAAAAUAAUAGAACGCUGAGAGCAUCAGAGAGGAGCAUCAAAUAUGUUUUAUCAAGAUUUUUGAUUAGGAGAAUAUUUUUUUUUUUUGAAAAUAAUGGUCAAUAGCCCCUCGACUUCGAUAUUUAUAAAAAAUAAUUUUUUUUUUAACUAAAAAGAAUUCUAUUCUAUUCUUUGAGUAAAGUGUCUUUAAAGGAUAAUCUGCUUUAAAGGAGAAGAUGAGAAUUAAUUCUAUUAGCAUACCUUUUCGUUUGAGAUUGACUGAGAUUGAAAUUCAUUGAUAGUAAUUUCUACUAAUUUUUUGUAGUAAAAUUCACUAACUAAAAGGGAAACUAAUUCCCUUUCAGAAAAUUAAAAAAAAAACUAAUUCUCUUUAAGAAAAAGGUUUACUUAUUCAAAUUUAGAGUUUAUUUGAAAAAAAUCUUUCUAUUCUCUCCAGAUUUGUUAUAAUUAUUUGAAUUUAUAAACUAAAUUUCAGUUUAUUUGAAUCAUUCGAAGUUAUCAAAUUGAACUUG